ACAGUUUGAUGUAAGGUUUGAUGACAAGACGCGAGUUCAUUUUGUUUUCCAACAAAGAAAUUGUAUUAUUUCUGUGACUCUUAUUUCUAACAAAUGAAAGGCAAGUUUUCUCAAAUCAGAUACAGUGUCAGCACAACUUUUAUGUUGAGUAACUUGAAAAUAUUCCUGAUUGCAGUCGUCGAACCCAUGUUAUAUUUCGUUUUAUUUUAAAUUAAAAUCUUACUAAUCGUAAGUUUUGAGUUAAAUUAAACACUAUAGAUGUUGUGAAAUAAAUCAAGUGGAACAGAUUUAGUAUGGAAUAUCAUUAUUCCGACUUGUGUAUGCCGACGGAUCAUCUGCUGACUGGACCAUAUGCUGCAGAAUAUGCUCCACAAUACUUGGUACCGAAGCAAUCAGCAGAGUAUGAAGUGCGGUCCAGUGUGCUGGUGGAUGGGGGAGACAGGUUUGGGGUAUCCGCUGUGGUGUUUGACAAGUACGAAGAGCUGAUAUGGAUGGGGAAUCAGGGAGGGCAUGUAACAUCAUACUAUGGGCCAGGAAUGCAAAAGUACACAUCAUUCCAAGUACAUGAAUCUGAAGAAGUGCGAGAUAUCAUAACUGUUGAACAAGGUAUAUUUGCACUUACAAAGACAACUUUAAGACAUCAAAUACGAAGAGGAAUUCCGAAACGUACUUUCAAAUCACCAAAUAUGACAGAUAUGCAAUGCCUCUUCCAAGUGAGUGCUACUAAAUUGAUGAUGGGGGGACAUCAGAACAAAUUAAUUGACUUAGAUCUCAACAGAAUGAGUGAAACUGCUAUUCCUAUCCAAGAAGAAGGUUGUGCAGUGCUCCGUAGCGGCGGUGGUUCGUUAGUGGCGUGUGGUAGUGCCAAUGGAAUGGUUGCCUUACGGGACAUUAGGACGCCAACCUCAGCGGAACAUACCUUCAGAGCACACUCAGCUUGCCUCUCAGACUUGGACAUGCAAGGAGAUCUACUUAUCACUUGUGGAUUUACGCAAUCCGUGGGUAUGGCAGUAGCGGAGCCCUACGUGUUAGUAUGGGACGUCCGCUGCCUACGUGGCAACAGUAAGCCGGGCGAAGGAGCCUGGUCACUGCCUACAGUAUCGCCGCCAUUGUUACUGCACUUCUUGCCCGCGUUCUCCGGCAGAGCGGUCGCGUUGUCCGGCGACGGCCAUGUUGCUUUGUUACAUGUCAACGCACCCAAUGCCACUGAGCAUUCUGUGUUUCAGGUGGACACUCAAAGCUCACAAUGCAGUGUAAUGGACGUGUCGUCCACAAGUCAAGCGCUAGUGUUCGGUGACCAAUCUGGACAUCUACACUUGUUCUCCCCUCAACACAAUCAUGAACCAGUGUUCAAUAACUUUUCUAGAGCGACAGAGUUUGCGGAUCAAGUCUUAGGUAUUCCAUACGUUGGGUUCAACGACACCACAUUCCAAUUCUCCACUGUUCCUCUACCCCCACUAUCUUCAGGCACCAAAUGGUUCAACGAAUUACCUGAAGAAUUCUUCAAAAGAAUAUACAGGAAACCGAAACCGAUUGAUCCAGAAGUGCUAAAGUCUAUGAAAAUGCAAGGUCCCAUUGGAUAUGCGCCAAAUCCUAGAUCGUUUAAGAGGAAUCAGAUGCCGUACAUAGAAGACAAUUUCGAUGAUUUGAAUUCUUCAAGACAGAAUGAAAAUAAAUAUGUUGCGCAGCCCAUUCCUAAGCAUUAUCAAAAGGUAGACAUACGCUACAAUAAACACGGUCCGAACGAGGAGUUGGAAAAAUUGAACAGAACAGGUCUUCCAGGGUUAGAGACUACGUUACCUAACUCUUACUGCAAUUCCAUGUUGCAGGUUUUAUAUUACACAUUGCCGGUUAAGGCGACCCUCUUAGCACAUACAUGUGCCAAAGAAUUUUGUCUCAGUUGCGAAUUGGGAUUCCUUUUCAGAAUGUUAGAUACGUCCGGCGGUGCGCCGUGUCAAGCCAAUAACUUUCUUCGUGCGUUCCGUACCGUGCCUGAAGCGGCCGCGUUGGGGCUUAUAUUGCCUGAUAGAGGACCGGAUUCCAGGGUCGAUUUGGUUGCUCUGAUACAGAGUUGGAAUCGCUUCAUCCUGCAUCAGAUUCACUACGAAAUACUGGAAACUCGUAAGAAAGAAAAGGCAUUACUAGUGAACAGUCCACCGAAACCUGUUCGAAUGCCAGCUGUGAACGUGAAGAGACCUGCUCCUCAAGGGAACCAAGUCAAUGGGCAGUUUACUGAGGAGUAUCAGUAUACUGAGCUGGAGUUUUUGGGACCGGCUACCGAGUUUGAAGGUAGUGAAGAGCUGAGGGAAGAAGGGUGGACAGCUCGGGAGGAUGUAGCGAUCUUGUUUGGACAACCUGACUAUGGAGGUGCAGGUGACGCAGAUUCCGUUCCAGUAGAUAAUCACGAGCUGCCAAACAACCAACAGGCUGACAGGGAGGAGUCGGAGAUAUCACAGCUCUUCGCCAUCGGGAGACACCAGCUCAACCGGUGUAUGAAGUGUAACAAGGAGGAAGGCCGAGAAUCCGUAGUGUUGGCCUGCGCCCUCCAGUACCCCACUGCAGUGCGGGAAGGCCCGGAGCCCCGCGGUGGCUUCUUGGAACUAGUUCGCGCGUCUCUCGCGGCGCGACGUAGCACGCCGGCCUGGUGCGAACACUGUUCCAGGUUCACUCCUACUGUACAACGGGGGAGAAUUGUUAGAUUACCACCGAUACUAGCAAUCAAUUGCGGUGGCGCUACAGUUCGAGAGAAGGCGUACUGGGCCAAAGGGGCACAGAAAGAGAUGCCGGAGACGAAACGUGGUGGCGGUGGUAAACCGUGCCGAUACGGACUUCACUGCGCUCGACCAGGCUGCCACUUUAAACACCCGGAGAGGCCUAGCCCCCAAGCAGGGUCUUCAAAGACGCCUGCGCAGGAAUCGAACUGCGUUCUACCGCAACAGCUACUUAUAAGACUGCAAUCCGAUGGUGACGUUGUUAUUAAUGAUAAGGUGGAAUCCCCAACGGAACCGCAUACACCGAACAACAGGGCUGACAAGCACAAGAAAAAGAACGUGACUACACAGUCCGAGGAGGAAUACACGCUGUCCGCAGCCGUCGUGUGCGUCGAGGACAACCCUAAGAACUUGGUCGCGUACAUACAGACCGCGGGGAAGGAUGUAGAGCCUGUGUGGUACUUGUUCAAUGAUUUGAGUAUUGUACCAGUGACUGCAGAGGAAGUAGUGCAGUUCGGUGCGUGGUGGAAGACUCCGUGCGUGUUGUUCUACACGGCCAGCACUGCGCGCGCGCACGAGCCGGACUCGAGGUCAUAGCACUCGCUACUGUAUGGGCCGCGGAGCAAUGGUGCUAUCGUAAGUCCAUACGUAAUGAGCGAGAUGUACUACCCGGUACCUGUAGCGACGCAGGCGCACUACAACUUUGUUCAAUAAAUUCCAAUACAUUGUAAGCUCAAGGUAACGUUCGGCGGCACAAAAUUGUGUGAACAAAUGUAUGAACUGAAAUUAUUAAUUAGUAUGUGUAAAUUAUGGCGAUUUUAGCUAAACGAUACACCUGGUUUGAUGAAGAUGUUGGGCUAAAUUAGUAGUGUAAGCCUUUGGUUUUAAAGAAACUACUUUAAGAAAAUAAUUGGGAAUGCCUACAGUACCUUAGUACGAGUUUGGUUUACGUUUAAAGUAAUCAAAACGAGAGUGCGUUCGGCGCUCUGAUUGGUCGGCUCGAAUAAACCAACCAAUCAGAGCGCCGAACGCGCACUCGUUUCGAUAAAGCAAACUCAUACUAAGGUUACUGGACAUCCCUAAAGCUGUACUUAUAAAAAAUACUAAAUAUAUCUGAAUAAAAGAGAAUUUGUUUUAAUUUAACCAACGUCUUUACCAAACCAGCCUCGCUAAAUUAUGUAAAAUUUAUUAAGUUAUGGAAUAAAGAUUUUUUUAUAUUCAUGCAGAUUGUACUCAUAUGAGAAGAGCUGUCUGAUCUCAAAACUUGGAGGAUAUUUUACAUAUAUAUAUGAAGAUGCAGCCUAAAGUUGCGAUAAUAUGUGCCUAAAUACUUAUUGUACGGUUAUAUGUAUUCCUUAAAGCCUAAUAUUGCGUGAACUACCUCAAAACAUAUUCCGUUCCUAUAAAAUAUUGUUUGUUCAAGUUUUGAGAGAAGACAGCUUAAGAAUGUAUUUUUAUAUUGAGAGAAAUAUGCUAACUAUGGCGAAAUGUCUAUUAACUCAAGAUUGAUCUAAAUUAUUGAUAGGUAAAUGAAUGUGGUUAUGUUAAUUGCAUACUUGUGUUAGUUAUCGGCUUAUGAGGAAUUAAUUCUUGAAUAAAUUGGUUGCUUUAUUUGACAUAUCGAUCGAUAUCUUUUUAAAUAAACACUGAUGAUGACAUGACUCCGUAAAGCGACGUUCUGGGUGACCGAACGCGAAGCGGUGUGGUGAGAUGCGAAUUCAACGCGAUGCGGUGUGACUCGGUGCGAGGCGGCUUCUUUGCCUUACGUCAAUGUGUAUCGUUUCCGUUUCCGAAGUUAUAAGCAAAAACAACGGCAUCGCGUCUAGUUCACGCGAAAAUAUCAAGCCAAUUGAUCGCGUUCGCGCCACCCUCACCGCGCCUUACUACAUUUUGUUACGUACGCCACGUCAAUAGAUUUUGAGAGUUUGUUGUUUUCGCGCCACGUCUCAUCGCUUCGCCUACGCAUCAAGAUUGCUCACGCCAAAACUGUGGAAGCUAAUUACAUAUUAUAAUCAAAUCAAAAACAAUUCAGUGUUUAUUCAAAGACAUUUAUUCUAUAAAUCACCUUAAAUUGACAAUUUAUUUAAACAAACAUUCGACCUAUCCUAUCAUACUACACCUAUUGCUUAUAAUUUACAAUAAAAUUAUGUCUUACGUUUGUUCACGAAUGUAACUAACACUCAACAAUAUCAUUUGUAUAGAUAUAAGAGUUUAUUUAUUUUGGUUGUGAUAUUUCGAGUAAAUUAAAAAAUGUAAAAAUUAUCUCUCUUCCAUGAAUUACGUCCAUUCUGUCAAUAGAUUUAUUUGAACUACGUUUGAACAAACCGAUGGAUUAGAUAGGUUAUUAGAUAGUGACUGUACUGUACCUUUAGUACAGGUUUGCUUUACGUAUAACGAGAUUGAAAGAAAAUAGAAACUAGAGCGCGUUCGACACUCUGAUUGGUUGGUUUAUUCGAGCUGCCCGAUCAGAGCGCCGAAAGCAUUCUCAUUUCGACUACUUUAUACGUAAAGCAAACUCAUACUAGGGUUUCUCUUAUCGUAUCAUUGGCGUUGCUCAUGAUAGUCUGAAUAAAAUGUUUAUAAUAUAUCCUUCUUUCCAACUCCUUAUUAAUACUUCAUGCCUUCGUGGACAUAGAGAACUGACUGAGCUAAUCUUUAUAACAGAUAUCAAAACGCUUGGUGUACCGAAGAGCCUGUACAACAAGCUACCAAGCUAAAUUAUUUUAUAUAAUUUCAACCUUAUGGUAUUGUAGUAGAGUCCAAAAUAUAAAAAUGACAAAUAGCUUGGUGUUCAAUCAAAUUAUGAUGGUGUCUACACCUGUAUCGAGGUUAUGAACUUACUGAUCACACUAUAAUUUCUUACAUACAUUCGACUUGAGUAUUCAAAUUCCUUAACUAUUACAAGAGAUGACUGGAACUGAAUCCACUAUAGCAAAUUCGUAUAUAUAGAGAUUUCGAAGAAAAAUCAUUUACUGGAUGGAUAUUAGGGAAACAAAGUUUUAAUACAUGAGUAAAUGAAACCUCCUCUAUAUAAAUUUUCUACAGCAAGUCUAAAUAGAUCCUUCCUUUAUAUUAUACUCCAUCGUCCAUUUUCUAUAUGUAUGUAUUAUCCUUCCUACAUGAGUUUAUUAGGUUGCUUGCCAAAAGCGAUUGACUGAUGUUUGUAUGUAACGGAGUGAAAAGAAAUAAGUCAUUAUGUGAAUAAAUAAUAUUAUAAGACAUUAUAAAAAUAUUGACUUAUACGGUGGAUACUUUCAGCUUUUUUGCAUAAGGUUUCUGUCUGGUAAGUACUGUCAUAAUAUAAUAGGAUCGGUACGGUCAUAUUAUAGGAUCGGUACUGUUAUAUUACAGGAUCGGAGCUAUCAUAUUAUAUACGGCCCUAUAAUAUUAUGACAGUGUCGAUCCUUUUAUAUGAUACCGAUAUAAUUAUAUAACUAUAUAAUACUGAUACAGUCAUAUGACUAUACUAUUAUAUAAUAGGAUCGGGACUGUCAUAUAAUAAUGUGAAAUGGUGUUAGAAAGAAAAAUCCCAGAUUAUGGUUAUUACGAAGCUACUUUUUUUAAUGUCUUUGAAAAAAAAGUCUUAUGCAUUUAGAGUUGAUUGUAACCAUUGUACCCAGUAGCCGAGGCUAUGAAAUAUUUCAGCUAUCUUAUCAAUCUACAAGUUAUAGAGCGUAGGUACUGUGAUUAUUUCAAAUUUUUAAACGAAUUUUUUUAUAAACCUUGUCGGUUUUAAAGAUGAGUUUCCAUCACUAUGCCACUAUUUAAUUGCAUGAAAUAAUCACAGGUACUGUCUAUUUUUUAAUAUCAGAAGAUUCCGCUUUGUCUUACAUGGUGGCUGGUUUUAAAUAAAAACGAAUUUGAAAAUA